GUCAGGAUCACGCAGCCUCUGCCAUCUUUGUACUGGGCUAAGCUAAGCGACAGGGCUCUCCAUCAGCUGGAAGGGACUGCAGCCUGCAAAGAAAGGCAGUCGAGUCAAAUCAUUUAGAGCGUAGGAGAGCCCAUUUUCUCAUACAACCGACAUUUAAACCUGAACAAUGUCCGAUUUCGACAGUAACCCGUUUGCAGACCCGGACUUCAGCAACCCCUUUCAGGAUCCUUCGGUGACACAGGUGACGAGAUCUGCCCCUCCUGGUGGUCUGGAAGAGUAUAACCCCUUCACUGAUGCCAGAACGUCGGGAAAUGCCUCCAAAUCUGCCCCUGCUCCUGCCCAGAAUACACAACCUGCCAUAAUGAAGCCCACAGAAGAGCCUCCUGCAUAUUCACAGCAACAAACUCAGGACCAGGCGCGGGCCCAGGCUGAGCUGUUGAGGAGGCAGGAAGAGCUGGAGAAGAAAGCAGCAGAGCUUGAUCGACGGGAGAGAGAGCUGCAGUCUCACGGAGUAGGAGGUCGGAAGAACAACUGGCCACCUUUGCCUAAAAAGUUUCCUGUUGGGCCAUGCUUCUAUCAUGACAUAGCAGUGGACAUUCCUAUAGAGUACCAAAAGACCGUCAAAAUCAUGUACAAUCUGUGGAUGUUUCAUGCAGCAACCCUUUUUGUGAACAUGUUUGGCUGCCUGGCCUGGUUCUGCGUGGAUCCAUCUCGUGGGGUGGACUUUGGUCUUGCCAUGCUAUGGUUCCUGCUUUUUACACCAUGUUCUUUUGUCUGCUGGUACAGACCGCUUUAUGGGGCUUUUAGGAGUGACAGCUCAUUCAGAUUUUUUGUCUUCUUCUUUGUCUAUAUUUGCCAAUUCGGAGUUCAUGUACUGCAGAGUAUUGGUAUUACUAGUUGGGGAACAUGCGGCUGGAUUGCAGCACUAACAGGUCUGAACAAAAGUAUCCCCGUAGGCAUCAUCAUGUUACUUAUUGCAGCACUGUUCACUGCCCUUUCUGUGGGAUCUCUCAUCAUGUUUAAAAAGGUACAUGCGCUGUACCGCACCACAGGUGCCAGCUUUGAAAAGGCUCAACAGGAGUUUGCCACUGGAGUCAUGUCAAACAAGACGGUUCAGACCGCUGCUGCAAACGCUGCAGCUAAUGCUGCUACAAAUGCUGCACGUGGGGCUUUCAAAGCCCCAUAAAUAAUCAUAGUACAUACGUAUGUACACAGUCAACUUACACAUACACCCAUAGACAUAACCAUUUCAGAGAAACAGCACGGCCCCUCAUACUCUUAUAACACUUUCUCGUUAUGAAUGCUGUAAUGUUCAAUUGCUAAACAAACCAUUGUAAUGUGUGAAAGAAGACAGAAAUUGUCCCUCCUAUCCUUGGUAAGAAAACUGCAACAAUUAGCCCAUCUUUAACUUCCUAAAACCACCAGUACACAUCAGUUUUAUGUUUUAGUCUCUACAGUUUUUACUGGUUAGGCUACAGGCUAUUACUCACAUUUGUGAGGAACUGGAUAAUUGGUUUUCAUAUUUAGCAUAUCAUUCUUAAAGUGCAAUGAGUCCAUGUUUUCCUUUCUAGAACAUGGCUGUGACGAUAUCUCUGAAAUGUAAAUGAAAUGUAUCUGCACUGUAUAUUGCCUUUUUCAGUAACCAGAGAUACGAGUCAUCUGAACAGAAAAUGAUUGUGUUCCUUGUGAGAACUGGACUUUUGUGACUCAUACGUCAUACGUCACUUUUAUUGGCAAAGACGGUUAUGUGCAGCUUUGCUGUGCUUAACUCCAAAUUGACAGCAUGAUAAAGACAUGCAUGUUUAGCUCCUAAAACAUUUCUAUGGCAAGGUCUUCGUGUCCACAAAGUACUAGCCUUUUGUUGUAGCUACUGGUGUAGCUGGCUUUGAGGAAUGUCAGACUGCUUUUUGCUGUUGGGUUUGGUAAGAAGUGAAGCUUCUGCAUGUCCUUAUGGCUAUUCGAUUAAAUUGGCUUUGUUGGGCACUAUUACUAACCAUAAUAAUUGUACAAGAAAUGGUCAUCAGUGAUUGAACAUCAAACAUUGUAGAUUGAAGAAUUUGUUUUAUAAUGGAUUUUGAAUGUGUGGUGUAUUUUCCAUUGUGCUUUUUCCAAAACUACUGAACACUAAAACAAAUAGGUCAAACAUGGAUAACUCCAGUGGGUAUCACUAGUAUUGUCAUGAUUGUAUCACUACAAGUUAAACUUUACUUUUUAACUCUACUUCUACAUCAUUUAUGUCAUUUUAAGUAUCAGUAUUAACUGUAGUUAGUUACUGCAUUUUCUGGUUAUAACUAUUAAGGACACAGACCAGACCAGGUCAUAGCAGAGGACUGUAGUCAGUAUUCAAGUUCUGCCAUUUGGUGAGGAGUCAUUGCCAGGUUGAAACAGACUUAAGUAAUAUCAUGAUUUGUUCAGUUUUAAGCAGUGAUUUUAGUGUUGUACAGACUUCUGUCACUUAAUGAAAUGACGUUGAUGGCAUCUUGUGUAUUACCCUGGCUAGCACCGGAGUUGGUGGUGAUAAGUGUGUGCAGAUGUGUCAAGAACUGACUAUUUUUGCUGCUGUUGCUCUAAAUAUGUGCAGACGAAAUGCUUCUGAAAGUGUCAAGUGGUCAGUACGUUUCCAUGUUAUAUUAUUGGCCAAUAUUAUAGCAGUAUCUUUUUUUUUUUUUUUUUGAGAAUUCUGUAAUGAAAUCAUUGCACAUCAUUGUCCAUUUUAGUGCAAUGGCUUUGUUUUUUAUUUAUGUUUUAAUUUAAACUGCAUUUCAGAUAUUGCUCUGUUUGAUUUAAAUAUACAUGUCUGUGCUUUUUAUAGCAGAAGUUAGCCAAUGAGAAAUAAUUUGUCCUAGAAAGUGUGUUUGUGUUGGAGUGAAUGGUGGUACGACUGAAGCGAUCUCCCUCAAGUGUAAUUCAGUGUACUUAAAAGCUGUGAGAAAUCUACCAAAUGUCCAUAUUUGUUUUUAUGCGUGUUGUAUGUUUUACUUAUUUGAAAUGAUAACUUUGUUUUGGUCACACAACUUUCAUGUCUGUCAUUUUCACAGUUGUGUCAAGCCAUGUGCGGCGAUGUAUCUAUUUAUGAAACCGGUCUGCAGUACAGAACGAAUCGCUUGGAUUACCCUGACAUAGAACUGACGUUUUUGAUCUGUGAUUAUAUUAUUCACUGAAUCAGAGAAGAUAUUUGUCUAAAAGGGACACCUGUAUAUUUUGUAAAAUUGAAAAUUUGAUCCACACAAUCAAUCAUAUGUAAAAAAGAAAAGUUACACACACUGUCUGGCCUUUGUCGCAUGUGAAAUAGUUUUGCGUUUUGUAUAUUUAUGGUAUUAACAUGAAUAAAAAUUUGAAACAAGUCAG